AUGGCAGCACCAAAUGGCCAAGUCUUGGACUUGUGGCGAAAUGGAUCCAAAGAUGCAAUCUCAGCUGUCGAGCUUAAGGCUCUGUUGGCUGAGAUCCGGGAUGCAUCCGACGAUCCGAAAUACUGGGAGGAAGUAAUGCAGGCUGUGCCCUGCGAAGGAGGCUUCGGCUUAAGCUUGGCCGAGGUGGCGGAGAUGGGGCAGCGCUUCCCUCGUCAUGACGUUCUGCAUGGGUACGGCUCCAUGCUAUCUCUGAUAGUCUUUCCAGCAGAUGUGAAGCAGGCCUUAGAAUUGGAUACAGCCUUCAAAGCUGUCGCCGGUGCUGGGGACGAGUUCCAUGUGCACGGAGCCAACGUUUCCUUUUGGGGCGAGCCUGCGCCCCUUGAGUACGCUCACUACGGGGGCGACCUCCGAGCAGAGGAUGCUGGACUGUCUUCACGGGGCCUCGCUGCCGCUUUGAUUAGCGUGACCGAGAACUUCACCGUGGCAAAGGUCUGGGAGGAGGCGCCGGUCAGAAGCUUGGCACAACAGACCUUGGACUUCAUUCUCCACACUUACCACAAGGAGAGCGAAGAGCAGCAGGAGCUUUAA